CAUCUUUUGUUGAUCUUGUGAAAGUAGCAGGCAGGAAAUGACAAAAGGUGUGGAAACAAUAUUUACCACUGAUUAUUCCAAAACUGAAAAGUUGGAUGAGGAAGAGACAGCCGUUUCCGCGGAUCAGUCAAAAUCUCUACCAAAAGAAACAGAAUUAACAAACGAAUCAACGCAAAAUGUAAUUCAAAUUCAGCCCGAGAUGGAAUCAGUGACAGUACCACCGCAGGUGGUUCAACCAGCUGAGGAGGAAAAAGAAACCCCACUGGAAUCAAAGAAAGAUUCUGAUGAAAUUGAGCCACAACAGCCAACUUUGGAGGUUUGUGAGAUUCAACCAACAAAACCUCAAGCAGAAAUAACAAUUGAUAGUGAUGUACCAUCACCAAAAGACAUUGAAACAAGUCUUAAAAUUAAACCAGAAGAACAGAAAUUGAUGGUAUGCGAAAAUAAAGAACUCUACCUCUGCCAGAAGAUUCAGAAAUUACUCCAGUUAAAGAAACCCCUGUCUUGGAUGUUACUGAGUCUGAUGAACCACGUAGCCCAACAGCUGAGCGUGAGUUAUCUUCAGAGGAGGGUCAAAUGAAGACCACUGAAACACUGAGUGAGACUGGAGUCUCCAAAACCAAAGAAAAGAAAAAGACAAAGAAACCCAAAAAGACAAGCAAAGACAAGGGUCGUGGGGAGGAGGAAGCGCCUUCUGACUUCCAAGAAGUAAAACCUGAUUCUACUGAACCACAGGGCGUGAUCAAAGAAACAGAGGAAAAAUUAGUUCCCUCUGAAGAACAAGACCUCAUAACUCCACCUCAGCCAGAAACAGUAUCAGUGCCAACAGAGCAGGUCCAAGAAAUUGAAAAAGACAAAGAAAUUCCACUAGAAAUGCCCAAAGACAGUGUUCAGAUUCAGCCCCAAGAGCCAACUGCUGGUGUGGUUUCUGAGAUUCAGCCAGCAGAACCUCAUGCAGAAAUUGAUAGCGAUUUACCAUCACCAAAAGAAAGUUUAGACAUUACCCUAGCAGAAGAAACCCCUGUCUUGGACGUUACUGAGUCUGAUGAACCACGUAGCCCAACAGCUGAGCGUGAGUUACCUUCAGAGGAGGGUCAAAUGAAGACCACUGAAACACUGAGUGAGACUGGAGUCUCCAAAACCAAAGAAAAGAAAAAGACAAAGAAACCCAAAAAGACAAGCAAAGACAAGGGUCGUGGGGAGGAGGAAGCGCCUUCUGACUUCCAAGAAGUAAAACCUGAUUCUACUGAACCACAGGGCGUGAUCAAAGAAACAGAGGAAAAAUUAGUUCCCUCUGAAGAACAAGACCUCAUAACUCCACCUCAGCCAGAAACAGUAUCAGUGCCAACAGAGCAGGUCCAAGAAAUUGAAAAAGACAAAGAAAUUCCACUAGAAAUGCCCAAAGACAGUGUUCAGAUUCAGCCCCAAGAGCCAACUGCUGGUGUGGUUUCUGAGAUUCAGCCAGCAGAACCUCAUGCAGAAAUUGAUAGUGAUUUACCAUCCCCAAGAGACAUCGAUACAACUGCUCAAGCUGAGCCACAGGAGUUGAAAGAGAGUGAGCCUGAGGUCUCCAAAAAGGAUCCAAGUGCUGAGUUAAAGGCCACAGAUGUUGAGUCACAGUCAUCUUUUGUUGAUCUUGUGAAAGUAGCAGCGCAGGAAAUUACAAAAGGUGUGGAAACAAUAUUUACCACUGAUUAUUCCAAAACUGAAAAGUUGGAUGAGGAAGAGACAGCCGUUUCCGCGGAUCAGUCAAAAUCUCUACCAAAAGAAACAGAAUUAACAAACGAAUCAACGCAAAAUGUAAUUCAAAUUCAGCCCGAGAUGGAAUCAGUGACAGUACCACCGCAGGUGGUUCAACCAGCUGAGGAGGAAAAAGAAACCCCACUGGAAUCAAAGAAAGAUUCUGAUGAAAUUGAGCCACAACAGCCAACUUUGGAGGUUUGUGAGAUUCAACCAACAAAACCUCAAGCAGAAAUAACAAUUGAUAGUGAUGUACCAUCACCAAAAGACAUUGAAACAAGUCUUAAAAUUAAACCAGAAGAACAGAAAUUGAUGGUAUGCGAAAAUAAAGAAACUCUACCUCUGCCAGAAGAUUCAGAAAUUACUCCAGUUAAAGAAACCCCUGUCUUGGAUGUUACUGAGUCUGAUGAACCACGUAGCCCAACAGCUGAGCGUGAGUUAUCUUCAGAGGAGGGUCAAAUGAAGACCACUGAAACACUGAGUGAGACUGGAGUCUCCAAAACCAAAGAAAAGAAAAAGACAAAGAAAACCCAAAAAGACAAGCAAAGACAAGGGUCGUGGGGAGGAGGAAGCGCCUUCUGACUUCCAAGAAGUAAAA